AUGACAUAUGGAUAUGCGGGUGUUGUAGCUAUCACACUGCAAUGGAUGUUAAACUCAAUACCGUUCGACUUGCUGUAUCAAUCGAAAGAAUUGAAGAUCGAUAGGAUUAAGGAUUGCGCUUUCAAUUCCAACCAAAAGAGUAUUCCUACGGAAUACAGUAAUAUCAUGGCACAUACUUUAUUCAUCACGGAUAGGUUUCAAGAAAUUAGAAUCAGUGCAGACAUGGGGCGAUAUGGUACUUGGUUUGGUCUGCUCGAAGCUGGAUUGUAUUUAAGAACUGUGCUCUCGGUGCAGUUUAAACGCAAACAAGAUAACUCAGUUGAAUGUAAGACUAUCAUGGCACAUACUUGCUAA